CAGUGUGCGUGGGGGGUGCGGCGGGGAGAGACGUCCCCAGCCCCCGCCCCGGCGGCAUGGGGGGCAGCGAGAGCAGGCAGAGCGGGGGGAAGGUGUCCUUCGGGCUGGAUGAGCGGGAGCGAGUGCGGGUGCUGCAGGGCAUCAGGCUCUCUGAAGAUGUGGUGAACCGAAUGAAAGAAUCUCCUCAAAGUAAAAGGGACAACCAGAGAUGGCCCCGUUCAUCCAGUGGCACAGCUCCAGCUUCACCAGCUGCAGAUGGGAAACCCAGAUUUCCUACAGGAAUCCAUCCCCCAAUGUCAGGUGACUCUGGUCAGAAGUCUGCUGCAGAGCAGGAACUGUACAAGAGGUAUGAGCAGGAACAGGCACUGGUGCAAGAGGAGUUGCUCCAGCUGGCCAAAAGAGAAAGAGAAGCAACCAAUGAAGCCUUGAAUACUGUCCUGCAGCAGGAAAGGAACAGCACUGAUGAAGAGAGGCAGAGAGUGGCCCAGCUGUGGUGGGAAGAGAGAGGCAGAGAAGUGGCCCAGCUGGUUGUGGAGCUGCAGGUCAGGGAGGCAGAGUUGAAGCGGCAAGAGGACUUCUAUAAGGAGCAGCUGACCCACAUAGAGAGGAAGAAUGCAGAGAUCUACAAGCUGACAUCUGAGCAGUACCAGGAAGCAGCCACCAAGGCAGAGGAGUGGAUAAAGAGGAGGAACACUGAUCCUGUCUGUGCAAGCCUGCAGUCUGAAAUUCUGAAGUGCUACCAAGAAAACAAACAUGAAGUGCUCAAAUGCUCAGAGCUGGCUAAGGAAUACCAGCGCUGUGUUAGUGCUGCUCAGAAGGAGCUCUUAGUUAAUUCUGGAUAAACAUCAGCCAUCCAAGAGCAGAGGACAGGGACCACAGACACCCUUGGAAGCCCCAGCAUCCUUCUGGAUAGACAGUGACCAAACCGGUGCCUUCUGCCCUUUGCGGUCCAAGAAGAAAUGAAAGCUCUUCUAAUUGCCUGCAUGUGUCAGUCUCAGUAGAUGUUCCUGGAGCUGGGAGGGAGACUCUGGGAAGAGGAGGUUGCUAUUGUUCUCUUUUUUUUUUAUUAUUUUUAUUGUGUUACAAUAUAAAGAAUCCUAAUGACCCCAGGUGCUUCCAGCACAGCUUGUAGCCUGGAGGCUUGCCCAACACAAGCCUGGUUCACCCUUUGCUAGCUUUGGUUUCACCGAUCCACAUCU